AUGCGACUUCCUACACCCGUCUUAAAGGCUGAGCUGCCUGUUACUCCAGAGGAUGCGCUUCAGGGUCUUGUCGAGUCGACGUAUACAACUUCCACACUGGAAUUCUACCUAAAUGGCACUCGCAUACAGCUUCAGAACCCCAACCCCCAUUGGACGCUCCUGGAUUUCAUCCGCUCGCAGCAUGGCCUCAAGGGAACCAAGCUGGGUUGUGGAGAGGGAGGCUGUGGCGCCUGCACGGUAGUUCUUCAGACUUCGGACUCAUGGGGAGCUGGAAGGAUUCGACAUCUCGCGGUGAAUGCAUGUCUGUAUCCGCUAAUCGGAGUGGUGGGAAAGCAUGUCAUCACCGUCGAAGGUCUAGGCUCAGUUAAGAAUGCCCAUCCACUUCAGGAGCGUCUGGCGAAACUCCACGGCUCACAAUGUGGGUUCUGUACCCCUGGCAUUGUCAUGUCCAUAUAUGCCAUGAUUAGAAACGCGUACGACCCGCAGUCCGGCAAGUUCAGACUGUCUGAAAACGACAUUGAAAUGAAAGGCCACCUGGACGGCAAUCUAUGUCGGUGCACAGGCUACAAACCCAUCUUGCAAGCCGUGAAAACAUUUGUAACGGAAGACCUCCGAGGCGAGCUGGUGGCUAACGAGUCUGUGAUAACUGAGACACCCCCUGAAAGGGCCGAAGAUGGUGGCAUAUCCUAUCUGGGAGGAUCCUCAGACUCUAGUAGUGGAUCAUGCGGGAGACCUGGAGGCUGCUGCCGAGACGACCCCAGCAGACAAUCCUGUUCAUCUCCAUCCUCAGAAAACAGAAGCCGCCCAUCAUUUUCUUCUGAUGAGGGAUCAUCCGAAACAAGCCAGUCUGAUGAGGAUUCGAAAAGGCCGGUUAAUGCUUCGACUCCUCAGUUCAAGUUCAUCCCCUACGUUCCAUCAACGGAAUUGAUAUACCCUCCUGCUCUGCGGAAAUUCACCAAUCGCCCAAUCUGCUACGGUGAUGAAGCCAAAGUCUGGUUCCGGCCAGCGACCCUACAGCAACUGUUAGAGAUACUGUCCAUCUAUCCCUCAGCAAAGAUGGUAGGGGGUGCUAGCGAAGUGCAAAUUGAAGUUCGCUUCAAAGCUUCGAAUUAUCCAGUUUCCGUUUUUAUUUCCGACAUUGAAGAACUCAGCGCUAUUUCCGUACCGGAUGAUGUGAAAACCAUGAAGGAGCUUGUGGUUGGUGGUAAUACGCCUCUAAGCGACCUCGAGUCGGUCUGCUACAAUUUGGCGGCAAAGCUUGGCCAGCGAGGCUCCGUGUUUGGUGCCAUGGCUAAGACGCUGAGGUACUUUGCUGGACGCCAAAUCCGGAAUGCUGCGUCUCUUGCCGGCAAUAUCGCAACCGCUUCGCCCAUAUCUGAUAUGAACCCGGUUCUGAUGGUAUCGAACGCUACAGUGGUUACUAGGACUGCUACCGAAGAGGUUUUGCUGCCCAUGGCUUCCAUGUUCCUGGGUUACAGGAAAACUGCGCUGCCACAUGGGAGCGUGAUUACGCAGAUUAGAAUCCCCGUUCCGGCACUGGGAGUAACGGAGCUUACGAAGUCUUAUAAACAAGCCAAACGAAAGGAUGACGAUAUUGCAAUUGUCACCGCUGCCUUUAGAGUGCGGCUGACAGGAGAAGGUAUCGUGGAGGAUAUUUCCCUAGCAUAUGGAGGCAUGGCACCUACGACCGUUUUAGCCAAGGAUACCGCCCAAUGCUUGAUUGGAAGGUCAUGGAAGUCCUCACAAACCCUUCAUAAUGCCCUGCAGAGUCUAGAAAAGACAUUCCGUCUGCCCUAUGGUGUGCCUGGGGGCAUGGCCGCAUAUCGAAGGACUCUGGCUCUGUCGAUGUUCUUUCGCUUUUGGCACGAGAUAGUGGCUGAGACGAAAUUGGGUGAUGUUGAUCCAGGCCUUGUUGAAGAAAUUCACCGCCAGAUCUCUUCGGGCACAAGGGACGACGUGAACCCCCACGAGCAAAAAGUCGUGGGUAAACAAGUACCUCACCUGUCUGGGCUAAAGCAUGCCACCGGCGAGGCCGAAUACCUCGACGAUAUGCCCCAUCAGCAUCGUGAGCUGUAUUGUGCCAUGGUGUUGUCAGAGAAAGCCCAUGCGAUUAUCAAGUGUGUUGACUGGACUCCAGCUCUCAAACCAGGUUUAGCGCUCGGUUACAUCGACAAGAACAGCAUCAGCCCCGACAAAAAUAUCUGGGGAUCUAUCGCUCAUGAUGAACCCUGGUUUGCCACAGAUAAAGUCUACUCCCAUGGGCAGCCUAUUGGCCUCGUGUAUGCGGAAACGGCAUUAAAGGCACAGGAGGCUGCGCGCGCCGUGAAGGUUGAAUAUGAAGAGCUGAAACCGAUCCUGACUAUUGACGAAGCGAUUGAAGCAAAGAGUUUCUACAAAUACGGGAAGGAGCUGCGCAAAGGUUCUCCUCCAGAUAGGCUGGAUGAGGUGUUUGCGAAGUGUGAUCGUGUCUUUGAGGGCACUGUCAGGAUGGGUGGACAGGAGCAUUUUUACUUCGAGACAAAUGCUGCGAUGGUAAUACCUCACACCGAGGACGGCUCAAUGGAAGUAUGGUCGUCAACUCAAAACACGAUGGAGACGCAAGAACUUAUAAGCAAGAUUACUGGCGUACCCAGUAACCGUAUUAAUGCUCGGGUAAAACGAAUGGGCGGUGGUUUUGGAGGCAAGGAAACUAGAAGUCUUCAGAUCGCUGGAUUACUUGCAAUGGCCGCGAAGAAGGAACGACGUCCAAUGCGGAUGAUGCUGAAUCGGGACGAAGAUAUGAUGGUCAGUGGGCAGAGACACCCUUUUAAGUGCCACUGGAAGGUCGGGGUAAUGAACGAUGGCACGUUGGUGGCCUUGGAUGCUGACUGCUAUAACAAUGGCGGUUUCUCUCUCGAUAUGAGUGCCUCUGUCAUGGAUCGAUGCAUGACUCACCUGGACAACUGCUAUCAAAUUCCAAAUGUACACAUCCGAGGCUGGGUCUGUAAGACAAAUACGCACAGCAACACAGCAUUUCGUGGGUUUGGGGCACCGCAAGGCAUGUUCUUUGCAGAGAGCUUCAUGAAUGCGAUUGCCGAGGGCUUGGGCAUGGACGUCAACGAGCUCCGGCUAAAGAAUCUAUACAAGGUUGGAGACCGAACACCAUUCCUUCAGAAGAUCGACGAGGAUUGGCAUGUCCCUCUAUUACUGGAGCAGGUCCGAAAAGAAGCACGGUUCGACGAACGCAAGGCUGAAAUUGCCCUUUUCAAUUCUCGCAACAAGUGGAAGAAGCGAGGCAUCUGCCUUAUCCCCACCAAGUUUGGCCUCUCCUUCGCUACGGCCAUCCACCUGAACCAAGGAGCGGCCACUGUCAAGAUAUAUACCGAUGGUUCCGUGCUCCUUAAUCACGGCGGUACUGAAAUGGGCCAGGGCCUAUACACCAAGAUGGUACAGGUAGCUGCGCAAGAACUGAAUGUUCCUAUAGAUUUAGUGUACACUGCAGACACGUCGUCUUACCAGGUUCCCAAUGCCUCCCCGACUGCGGCGUCUUCAGGAAGCGACCUCAACGGUAUGGCAAUCAAGGAUGCGUGCGACCAGCUGAAUGCUCGCCUGCAGCCAUACAGGGAGAAAUUUGGACCGGAUGCUUCAUUUAAAACAAUCGUCCACGCGGCAUAUUUAGACCGUGUCAACUUGGCCGCCACUGGGCAUUGGAAAAUGCCCAGAAUCGGGUAUCAUUUUGGAAAUUAUGAUCCAGAAACGGUAAAACCGAUGUACUAUUAUUUUACACAGGGUGCUGCCUGCUCUGAAGUCGAACUCGAUCUAUUAACGGGCGACCAUACCGUCCUCCGCACUGAUAUUAAAAUGGAUAUCGGCCGGUCUAUCAACCCAGCCAUUGACUACGGGCAGAUUGAGGGCGCCUUUGUUCAGGGCCAAGGUCUCUUCACUUUAGAGGAGUCCCUCUGGCUGAAUAAUGGAUCCGGCCAGCUGGCGACGCGCGGACCAGGAAACUACAAGAUCCCGGGAUUUAGCGACAUCCCACAGUCCUUCAAUGUCAGUUUUCUGCAGGGUGUUUCAUGGGAAAGUAUUCGGUCUAUCCAGAGCAGUAAGGGGAUUGGUGAACCGCCGCUGUUCUUGGGCUCGACAGUGCUGUUUGCAUUGCGGGAUGCAUUGCGAAGUGCCCGGGAUGACAAUGGGGUACUGGAGCCGUUAACAUUAGAUUCACCGGCCACGGCUGAGAGGUUGCGGUUGUCAGUCGGCGAUGAGCUCGUGAAGAUGGCGACGGUACUACCCAAUGAGGGGGAGAAACCUUUCUUCGUGGGCGCUUCUUGGUAA